AAAUCUGUGCAAAAUACAAGUUCUUCUCGAUUGUUGUCGUCUACCGCUGUGAUAUGCGUUUCUUCCCAUCCUUUUCGUUGGUUGUUCCGAGUAGCCGAGUGAAGAUCGUCGGAAACCAGUUGCUGACUCGGAUGGGCUGUCCGAUGAACGGUUAGUGAAGCAAACGCCCGAACAAGACAUAGAGAGACAGAUUCGAGCGAAGACGUCCACUAACAGUUCCCGUUCGAUAUCAACCACUUCAUCGCUUGGACGGGAUCUCGGCGAUCAGUUUCUGUCGUAACAUUCUUGAAGUGACUCGAGUUUUUAUCGAGCCUCUUUCGAAGAGAUUUGCUCGGCUAUGGUGGUUUAAAGUGAUCUUCUUAUCGUAGAGAAUCAACGCAGCAGCUUGAAACGUGAAUAUGCUGCUCAAGUGUAAUUCGUGCAUGCUAAUUAGUGUUGCAUUGAUUGUUGGAAUAUGUGGUUCCGUUACUGCGGGUCGUGGAGAAAAUAGGCGAACACAUCACGAUAAUGAUGAUGAUGAAUUUCGGCCACAAAAUGCAAGGUAUGAUCGUGGACGGGGUUAUGGAACAACGCAAGGCCAAGUGAUCCCCCAAGCAGGACUGUUAGGCGUAAAUCUAUUUCAAAAGGUUGCAAUGGACACGGCGAAUAUUUUCCAAUCCGUUAAUCAACAAAUUGGGGCCACCUUCAAUCAGUUAGCCCAACCAUAUGGCGUAGGACAGCCAUUGUUCAGUGUUGGGUUUGGAGUGAAUAAUGGUUAUGGAAACGCGUAUGGUCAACCACAAGUGCCUGGACGUCCAGGACAACCUUAUGGAUAUCCACCUCCGCCUCACGGACCACCACCACCGCACGGACCACCUCCACCACAUGGUCCACCACCGCCGCCGUAUGGACGCCCACCACCGCAUGGAGGUUACCAACCAAAUAAUCAUGAGCACCAUCACGAACACGGUCACCAUGGUCAAAAUCAAAGACCAGGAUAUGCCAACGGCUAUGAUCAUGGUCAUUAUCCAGGAAACGGAUAUGGACAAGGAAACCAUGGUCAAGGUGGAAAUCAUGGUCAAGGCGGAAGCCAUGGUCAAGGAAACACCGGCGGACACGAUCGGCCACAACAAGGACAAGGUCAAUUCCCUCAAUAUCCACCAAAAAACACAGGUCCUGGAAAUGGUGUCACAAAUGCAGGACCAAUACCUUCGUCCACGCCUGUUCCUCCCCCUCCGCCACCACCAGCUCCAGCUCCACCUCCACCAACAGUGCCAAUUCAACCUGCAGUACCUGUUCCGCUCCCACCACCACCUCCUCCAAAGCCAGCUCCGGUAGCUCCAACACCGGCCCCAGCUCCAUCCACCACCACUACAGAGGACAUCGAGGACGUAACAUAUGACAUCGAUAUUAGGGGUGAAUUUGAUACAAACCAGAAUAGAAAAAGACGUCAGCUUAUUCCCAAUCUUUUCAACUCAAUUGGGAACAUUGUUCAAACCGGAGUCAACCUAGUAAACCCAGCCGGUAACCAACGACCCAGUCAGACACCAUUAUUUCCUACAUUUAGUUUCGGACAAAGCCCAAUCUUUGGGCAACCCACUAGUCCACAAUACCAACCAGCUCAACCAGCACAAUCCAACGGAUUUCAAACGCAGCCUGUUACUCAGGCACCAUUCAAACCUGCUCCCUCAACAUUGGGUCCUAGCACACAACCCAGCGUUCCUCAAACACCACCCCCAGCUCCUCCAACGAAUGCUCCACACACGCAAGCUUCUCCACUAGCACCUGCAAUCCCCAGCAACGGAGAACAGCUUCCCGAACUCAACCUGCAGAAUCUCGGCGGCACUGAUUUUACUUGGACUCAGGAAAACAUAGGCGCCCAUCGGAUUCGUCGAGACACCGAUGCCAUCUUCUUCCCGGAUGACGAUAUCUUCGAACGUCCUCUACCAAUUGCUCCCAAGCCGAUCAUUAACCCAGUCGUCAAACAACCUUUCACCGAAUCCCAAGCUGGCAGCCAGUCCCAAUCACAGAACAGCUUCGGAGGUUUCGAUCAAAGUAGCGGUUCCCAAUCGCAAUCGCAGUCCGUACAAAACGAACUUGGUCUGUUCAACCAAAACGCAGCCGGAAGUACUUCCGGCAACAUCGCAACCGAUGGAUCUUCCGGGCAACUAAGCGCCGCCAACACGAUGCAACAAAACUUCCAGACAGCCGACUCCUCCGGAAGCAAGAACUCAGCCCAAAGCCAGUCGGCCAACUUUGACAAAAACGGAAACCUUGCUCUAACAUCAUCCAACGCCAACACGAACUCGAUCCGCGAGAAAGACCGUUUCAAGGAACAGUCCAAUUCAGGAUCUUCCUCCACCUUACAAAAUCAAUUCGGUACAGCGUCAAACAAUGCGCAAAGCAACUCGGAGACGUUCUUCGAGAAUGGACUUCAAGGCAACAAAAACUCCGCCUCCAGUCAGUCACUGCAGACCAACAAGGACGGUUCCGUAUCGGGAUCGAGCUCGAACACGUUGAGCAAUACGUUCACCGGUCCCAAUGGGGAACAGGGAAGUUCUUCGUCCAGUCAGUCAUCGAGCUUCAACCAGGGAUUCCCCGGUAAGGGUGGAAAGGGAAAUGCAUCUUCCAGUGCAUCAUCAUCGGCGUCAUCCAGCUCCGGCAAUGGGGGAUCUUUUAGCAUAAGCGGGUCGUUUUCGGGUGUUCCCCCGUUUCAGGCAUUUCCCAAUUUUUUCAAACAACUGAAGGGAAAGUGAACCGCUGAGCGGGUGUUUGAGAAGAUAAGACAAAUAAAUUAUAUUUAUACAAUAA